AUGCUUGCAGCAAAGUCGCGUCUAUCUUAUCUCCUGAGAGACAGUCGCUGCCUACGCUGCCAACUCCAGGCCUCCAGGGGUCCUCUGGCCAGUCUCCGCUAUGCCAGCAAUAAAAGCACAGCAGCCCGUUCAACGGAACAACCACCGUCACCAUCGGAGAACUCCUCCCAACCCGAGAUAGGAGCACCUCUCUUACUCGACCGACCGCUUGGCCUUUCAUACCCUCCAUUUCCGGGGCAAAAUACCGGAGUCGACAAGCGCUCGUUGCAAGAACGUCGUGAUGAUUUUGUCGACCGCGAGAAACAUAUUGCGCGACGGAAUGAGCUAAAAAAGGAGUUUAUCAAGCCCUACUUUAGAGAAUGGACCAACUUGAAAUAUAAUGAAGGCAAGACAUUCCGAUCAAAUCCACGGUUAUUCAAAAGAGAGCUGGCGCUAUUCUUCCCCAAUCUCUACGGCAUCACCCUCGCAUCGCAAAACAAACCCAAAGACACAACGACGAUCACGCGGGGGAAAAUCUCUGUCAUCAGCUUGUUCUCCAGUCUAUGGGCCGAACAGCAAGUCGCCACAUUCACAGAUGUGAAACAGAACCCGGGUCUUUUUGAGGCGCUUGCCACCGAUAAGACAUCCAUAGCACAGAGGAUAUCAAUCAACGUGGAAGAGAGCGCACUGAAAGCGUGGUUGGUGAAGAAGUUCAUGUGGAGAAUGCGACAACAGCUGCCCGUUGAACAACAUGAUCGGUAUUUCCUAGUGCAAAAGGGCAUGACCAAUGCGAUUAAAGAAGCAAUCGGGAUGCUCAACAGCAAAGUCGGCUACGUCUAUCUCCUAGAUGAUGCCGGACACAUCCGAUGGGCUGGAAGUGGAUCUGCAGAGCCUGAUGAGAAGGAGUCGCUGAAUGCCGGUCUUCUAAAAUUGAUUCGUGAGAAAAGUACUCCUAUCAACACCAAAGGGAAAAAACCAGGCAAGCCCAAGCCUAGAGUGAUUCCGCAUCAAAACGUGGCAGGAAAUCCUUGA